AUGUCUUCUGCUGCUUCGCCCAGCUCCCCCCAUCCUUCACUUCGAGAGUUCAUGUCAAAAUCCGACGACGGAACCUUCUCCAAGCAAGAUGUAGAAAUGGUCAAGCAACUGUUCCGCAUUAUUAAGAGCAUGCGAAACGAGCCAAGGCGUCGCGACAGCUCUAUGCGCGUCACACGUUCAGGAUCAAGCACUGCGGGAAGCUUUGAUCAGAGCAACGAUCCUUUCUACUUUGAAGAUGGCGACGAGGACGAAGAUGAGGAGGAGUACCUCUCGGAAUGUGAGGGCGAUUCUCAAUCAGAGAAGAAUGGCGCGCCAACAACGGACUGCGCAAGCACGACAUAUGUCCCAGCCGAGCGACCACACGCUGCAGUGGAGAAGAGAUAUAGAAACAUGAUGCAAAGCAAAUUUCGAACAUUGCAUUCCCUGAUCCCGCCCAGCGGAGUCUAUCAGAGUGGCAACAGCAACGGAGGAGAUAACGAUCAGCCUAUCCGCGAGAAAGCGAGCAAGGCUAUGACUCUGGCGAGAGCGACGGAGUUCAUCAUCCACCUAACGAGUACAUACGAAAGCUAUGAGGCUAGGUGUAGCAAGCAUCGCCAAUUCGCGAAACAAUUGCGCACGGCACACGAUGCGCAUAUGCGAGAAACGAAUGACGUUGUGUAG